AUGGAUAAAGUGUUAAAGCUAAGUUAAUAAUUUUAUAGAUAGUAUAAGUAGUUAAAAACCAAUAAAAAGGAUAUUAAUACUUUAAAUAAAUCUGACUUGUAUACUGAUUUAAGAUUAACUAUUGAUCAUUUAGACAUAGAUAAAAUUUUCAGAAUUAAGGACGAAGUAUAAUUUAGGAAUAAUUUAAAGUUAGGCUUUUCGAAGCUGCAUGAAGAAGAAGGAAUUAAUAUUGGAAUAUUUUAUAUAUCAUAAUUUGGGUAAAUGCCUUUGCAUGAUCAUCCAGAUAUGUUUGUAUUUACUAGACCUAUUUACGGCAAGGCUAAAAAGACAUUUUUUACUCUUUGCGAUGAAAAAGACAUUAGAACUUAAUUUGAAUAUCCAAUUAAUUUUUGGUUAAAUGAAAGUUAUGAUUAAAGUAAAGAAGUAACUGUUAAGGCUUAAGUAAGCGAAAUGCAUUUGUUGUAAAAAGGGGACUAAACUCAGGUUGUAGAACCUAUAAAAAAUAAUUUGCACGAAAUAAUUGCAGUAGAGAAUUAUGCCUUUUUAGACGUACUUAUACCUGACUACGACAUGAUGAAUGCAAAAAGAUUUUGCAAUUUUUACACACCUAAAAAGUUGAUAGACUCAAAUUAAUUUAUAUACGAAAUGAAAAUAUAAGCUUUUCCAGAAUAAUAUGAUAUCUAAGAAGUAUAGUCUCCUCUAAUAAUGUAAAAAAUAGCUUGA